CUGAGCUCCUUUUUUACUUUUUCUUCGAAUUGAGAAGUUUGAGGAGCUCUUCCCAUUAAAUGUCCAAAAGUGGAUUUAAAAUCUAAAGCGUCUGCUCCUAGCCUGACAUCAUGGACGGAACAGCCGAAAGGGAACAUCUAAAUGGGCAAGACAGAGAAAGCUGUGUGGUGGAAGAAAACAGCCUGAAGGAGAGAGGGAAAUGGGCCAAUAAAAUGGAGUUUUUGCUUUCCAUGGCAGGGGAGAUCAUUGGCCUAGGCAAUGUAUGGCGAUUCCCUUACCUGUGCUAUAGAAACGGCGGAGGUGUGUUUCUCAUACCAUAUUUGGUGUUCCUUUUCUUCUGUGGGAUCCCUGUGUUUUUUCUGGAGACUGCCUUGGGUCAGUACACCAGUGAGGGAGGGGUUACAGCCUGGAGGAAGAUAUGCCCGCUAUUUGAAGGAAUUGGCUAUGCAUCCCAAGUGAUUGUUAUGUAUCUAAAUAUCUACUACAUAGUGGUUCUGGCGUGGGCUAUUUUCUAUCUCUACAAUUCAUUUAAAAACCCACUCCCUUGGGCAACCUGCAGUAAUCCCUGGAACACAGACACCUGUUUGACGUCAUGGAACAAGACAAACAGCACAUUCUUCAAUUUGAACUCUUCUGAUGCAGACAACCGGGAAUUUCCUGUUGUGUUGGGAAAAAAUUCUCCAGAAGGUGAAUUUUGGGAGAGGAGAGUUUUAGGGAUGUCAGAAGGACUGGAUCACAUCGGCAGUCUGCGAGUGGACCUGGCAUUCUGCCUUCUGCUGGCCUGGAUUGUGUGCUACUUCUGCAUCUGGAAAGGAGUAAAAUCGACUGGCAAGGUGGUCUACUUCACUGCAACCUUCCCCUACCUCAUGCUGUUCAUUCUGUUCAUACGGGGCAUAACAUUGCCUGGAUCUUUGGAAGGAGUGAAGUUCUAUCUCUACCCAGAUAUAUCCAAGCUUACAGAUCCCAAUGUGUGGCGAGAUGCUGGGACACAAGUGUUUUUCUCCUAUGCUGUGUGCCAAGGGGUUCUGACAGCCCUUGGAAGCUACAACAAGUAUAAUAACAACUGCUACAGAGACUGCCUGGCCCUCUGCCUCCUCAACAGUGGAACUAGUAUAUUUGCCGGUUUUGCUGUUUUCUCUGUACUGGGUUUCAUGGCUUAUGAGCAAGGUGUGCCGAUUGAUGAGAUUGUCCAAUCAGGUCCAGGGCUGGCCUUUAUAGCCUAUCCGAAAGCAGUGACCAUGCUGCCUUUUUCUCAGCUUUGGGCUGUGCUUUUCUUCCUCAUGAUCAUAUUCUUGGGUCUUGACAGUCAGUUUGUCUGCGUGGAGAGCCUAGCCACUGCCAUCAUUGACAUGCACCCCCGGGUCCUCCGCAGAAAGGGACGUCGGGAGAUUCUUAUCCUUCUCAUUGCUGUGGUGUGCUUCUUGCUUGGCCUUCUGCUUGUCACAGAGGGAGGAAUUUACAUCUUCCAGUUGAUUGACUCGUAUGGUCCAAGUGGGAAGAGUCUGCUGUUCAUUGCUUGUUUUGAAACCAUCUGUGUGGGGUGGAUCUACGGUGCAGAUCGUUUCUACGACAACAUUAGGGACAUGAUUGGGUUUCGCCCGUUCCCUGUGAUAAAGUACUGCUGGCUGUUUAUUACCCCGAUUAUCUGUGUUUCCACUUUAGCAUUUGACCUGUUGGAGAAUACAGGGUUUGGUUCAACACCUUAUCCUUGGUGGGGAAAAACUUUGAUAGUGCUUCUGACAUUGUCUUCAAUGAUAUGCAUCCCCAUAUUCAUCUUGUAUGCCACGUAUUUUUCAAAGUCUAAAGAAAACCUUACAACACCUUCCAGUGAACUUAAGCAGGUGGAGCCACAGAAGCCGAGACUUACUAUUUUUAAUUUUGUUGUCUUCAAUGGGGACAAGCCCUCCAGCAGAGAGGAGAAACCAGAUGAGCAUCAUGUUUCUGGAUUCUGAAAAUACCUCCAGGUAGCAGAAAUGUUUUGAAGCUACUGUGGAUCAUGUUGUUCACAGAAGUAACGAAACAUCUUUAAAGUUAGAUGUUUUAUAACAGGAAACACCAAGUUGAUAGUUGCUCACGAGGUUUGAUUUUAUAAAGCAAAUGAAUGGUAAAGUUUAUACAUUGACAUACCGUAUCAAGCCUGGUCCAGCACUCAAUGGAAGCUUUUCUCCACAAUGACAAGUUUGUGACAUAGUGUGUUCAUUUCACACAUUUUUCUCUCUAAAGGUGAUUUAUGGCUGACUUACUGUAUGAGGAAGACUUACAGUACAGUAUAAGGCAGGGCCAGCUGCUUCUAAAGCAGUGCUUUAAAAAACCUUGCAAGAAAACAAACCCUUGUUUAAAAAAAUAAAAGAAACUGCAACAAAUAAAAUGAACCUUUCCUCAUUUAGCAUUAA